AGAUUACUUCAAGCGAUCAUGCGUUUCUGAGUUCGAUAUACGAUACGAUAUUGUACAAUUUGACGUUGGUUCAUUCUUGUUCAUUUUAAAUUAAAGAUUAUCAUUCGAGUCGCUGUGCAAUUAAUUAAAUCCUCGGUUAGAUGGAACGGAUCUCUGUUAAUAAAGGGUGCAGUUGAUUGUAAAUAUCCAGAAAUUCGUGACCAUCGUUGCCAAAGCUGUUGGAAGAUAUCAGACGGAAAAAUAUUUGUCUCGUGUCAGAUCUACGUAAGAAACAAAAAAGACAAAUCCUUUGACGAUCGCACAAGAUUUAUCGCAAGAUAUUACCUAAACAGUUAUUCGAAGUUUUUGACGGUAAAGAAAUAUUAUGCAGAAUUAAAGGUAUCAACUUUUCCUUGGGGGAGGAUUUUGCUUGUACUAUUAAUAUUUUACCAUGAUGGAGAAGUUCGUUGGAAUGCACCAGCUAAAAGGGAUAUUGAAAAGUUUUCCAAGGAAUAUGAAAUUUUGCUUUGCAUACGGAUCUGCCGCAUUCAAGCAAUUAAACAAUCAGUCCAACAAUAUGUUGGACCUUAUUUUUGUUGUUCGUAACGCAAAUCAAUGGCACGCAGAGAAUUUAGAACUUAAUCCUACGCAUUAUGCCCAGCCGUUGAGGUUUCUCGGUCAUAGAGCGAUCGCUAACGUGCAAGAAAAUUGGGGUGCUAAAAUAUAUUAUAAUACGUUGGUUAAAAUAGCAGGAGGAUAUACUAUCAAAUACGGAGUAAUUUCUGAAGUUUCGUUGGUAGAAGACUUACUAGACUGGAAUGAUUUGUACUUGGCGGGAAGGUUGCACAAACCUGUAAAAGUAUUAAUGGAACCGAGCGAACAAUCACAACUGCCGACAGCUUUGGUACAAAAUUUAUAUUCAGCUAUACACGCAGCGUUAUUAUUGCUUCCGCAACACUUUACAGAGGUUGAUUUUUACAAAACUAUUGCCGGCUUAUCCUAUAUCGGUGACUUUCGAAUGACUUUUGGUGAAAAUAAAGAUAAAAUUAACAAUAUCGUUUUGUCCCAAAUGGCGCACUUUAAACAAUUGUACAGUCCGAUUUUACAACAUUUCGAAAAUUACGUGGACAUUCCAAAGUCGGAUCAAACGAGCGUCACCUGCCAUCAAGAUACAAGUCCAGAGACAAAAAUACAUCAUUUGAAUCAGUUACCUAGAACCCCGCAAGUUAAGCUUGUCAGAGCAUGGUCGCAAGGUCCAAGGUCGAAGGAUACGGAGGAUUGUCUGCGCGCGAUUGCGUACGAUCCCGAGUGUGGUGAAAUACUGGAAGAAUGCUUGAAACAAAUUGUUUGGAAAUCCAGUGUCACGCAAAGCCUGAAAGGAAUUCCAACCGCUGGACUUGUCAAAUCUAUUAAGUAUGGCGGGGCGAAAAUAAUGAAGAUGUUGCAAGCAACUCCACAGACAAGCUUGAUCCCAAAAUCAGAGCCAGGUCGAAGUAAAGUCGAAAGUAUAGUAGAGACUGUGAAGAACGAGGCACAGCCAAAGGAAACAAACAAACGCAUAGAGUAGUAAUUACAUCCCUUUUAGUCGUACAUUUAAUUCUGUCAUAUGUACAAUGUUUCACGCAGCUAUGUUCUAAAUAAAGUUACUUAGUCAAAUUACGACCAUUUUUGUAGGUAUAGUUUAAUGCCUCGGCGCUUAAAAAGUAUUUUAACGCGACACGAUGCGAUAUUCUUAAGUUUUCUUUAUAAGUAUUACACCACGGACUAGAAGGAUUAGCACAUAAAAUCAAACAUCGUUAUAUUUUACAAAGUAUUGCCAUGUAUGUAUUGCAAUUUCGUCACUAUGAAAAAAAUUAAAUUUGUGAUACUUUCAGCAAGUAACUAAA